AAACUGCUUGCAGUUAUCUGCCUCCGUGAAAUUGAUUCAGGGAAUUACUAAUACUCUCUCAAGUAGAGAGAAUGAACUGUACUCGCCGGUAAUGAAUGACCAGGUACUCUUCGUUGGGGUUUUUGGUAAUUAUACGUCAGGUUAGUCGGCGGAUCGUUUUACGAUAAUACCAUCAGCUUGCGGUCUCUCUUGUGUUCUGUUGUUCGUUCAUUCACUGCCCUGAACGUGGUCCGUCUCUCUAGAAGUUUCUGUAGAUCUGGAUCGGGAACGGCACCAGAUUCUCGAAGAGGCGGAUUCGCCGGAUUCAUCGGUGGUUGAGAGGGUGCUGCCGGAGAUGGCGGAGUCGCCGAAGAAUCAAACUAGUUCCUCUGCUACUUCCGGCGAAGUUCAGACCGAAUUUGAACCGGAGUUGGUUGGUGGAAGUGGUAGUGACGAUAGAGCAUCGGAUAGCAGAGAGGGAGUGAACAAUGGAGGCAGUGACUCUUCAGGAAUUGGUGAACAAAAUUUUCCUAGAGUCAACACUUUGACAUCAAAGAUGUCAAAAGAUGACAAAUUAGAGCCAACUUGGGGUCAGCUUAAGUUGGAGAGAUCAAAAACUGAGAGGCACAACAGACAUGGUAAUCUAUGUGCUGAAGACGCAGCACAAAUUCUUGAUGAUAGAAUUCCUGUCCAGCAGAAGCUCAAAUUGUUGAACAGAAUUGCUACUGUGAAAGAUGAUGGAUCUGUAGAAUUUGAAGUUCUGGGUGAUAUUGAACCCCAAGCUCUUAAUAUUAGAUCUGAAGAUGUUUAUAAAGGAGCUGUUGAUGAUGAAAAUCUUGAUUCAACAGACCUUCAAUGCAUUCCACCCCUGCAAAUAGUAAUGCUUAUUGUUGGAACACGAGGUGAUGUGCAGCCAUUUAUUGCAAUUGGCAAGAGAUUGCAGGACUAUGGACAUCGUGUUAGACUAGCAACUCAUGCAAAUUUUAAGGAGUUUGUCUUAACUUCUGGAUUGGAGUUUUUUCCUUUAGGCGGCGAUCCAAAAGUUCUUGCUGGUUAUAUGGUUAAAAACAAAGGCUUCCUGCCAUCUGGACCUUCAGAAAUACCUAUUCAACGAAAUCAAAUGAAAGAAAUUGUCUACUCUUUGCUUCCAGCAUGCAAAGACCCAGAUAUGGAUUCUGGUAUUCCUUUUAAAGCAGAUGCUAUUAUUGCGAAUCCUCCAGCUUAUGGACAUACACAUGUGGCAGAGGCACUGAAAAUACCUAUUCAUAUAUUUUUCACAAUGCCAUGGACUCCAACUAGCGAAUUUCCACAUCCUUUGUCCCGUGUGAAGCAACCAGCUGGAUAUAGAUUGUCAUAUCAAAUUGUUGACUCGAUGAUUUGGCUUGGGAUACGGGACAUGGUAAAUGAUAUGAGGAAGAAGAAGCUGAAGCUACGACCUGUUACAUAUUUAAGUGGUUCUCAAGGAUCUGAUUCUGAUAUUCCACAUGGAUAUAUAUGGAGUCCUCAUCUUGUUCCUAAGCCAAAAGAUUGGGGACCUAAGGUUGAUGUGGUAGGCUUUUGCUUCCUUGAUCUUGCAUCAAAUUAUGAACCUCCUCAAGAGCUUGUAAAAUGGCUCGAAGCUGGUCAAAAGCCUAUUUAUAUUGGAUUUGGUAGCCUUCCUGUUCAAGAACCAGAGAAAAUGACUCAAAUAAUUGUGGAUGCUCUGGAAGAGACUGGACAGAGGGGCAUCAUUAAUAAAGGCUGGGGUGGCCUUGGGAACUUGGCCCAACCAAAGGAGUCCAUAUAUUUGCUGGACAACUGCCCUCAUGACUGGCUGUUCUUACAGUGCAAGGCUGUGGUACAUCACGGGGGAGCUGGAACAACAGCUGCUGGUCUUAAAGCUGCAUGCCCAACAACAAUUGUACCUUUUUUUGGCGACCAACCUUUCUGGGGAGAACGAGUACAUGCCAGAGGAGUAGGUCCUUCACCCAUCCCUGUGGAAGAAUUUUCACUUCACAAGUUGGUUGAUGCAAUAAAUUUCAUGCUUGAUCCCAAGGUUGUAUAGUAUGCUUUAGGAGAAGCAUGUCAACUGUGCGAAACCAGCUACUCAACAUUAGACUGUGUCGAACUGCUAGCACACAAACAAAUAAGAGUAUCUCCAUUUUCUUGUGUAGAAGAUUGGCAAGAGGAAACCAGUAAAACAUAUAAAUCCAAAUAUGAAUUUCCCAUAUAUUUUCUGGUUUGGGAACUCCGAACUCUAAGCCUUAGCCUGUGUAGACCCCCAACCUUCCCUUAAGCUUCUAAUGGAUCUUGAAAACUCGAAGCAGGCACUUCUUGAAGGAAGAGACAUAGACGAGAGUGCUUCUGAUUACCAUCCUCUAGGUUUCAUUAAGUCAAUAGGUUUCAGAACUGUAACAAGAGGUUGAACUUUGAUUGUAAAACUAUGAUUUGAAGUUGGAUAAGGUAAAACAAAAACACUGAACAUAAAGUGAAAUCAAUUAUUGUAAUUUUACAAGACAUAACAAAAACCAAAUUGUUACACAAAGCAUGGAACUCAAGUACAGGAUAUACUCCUGGUCAUGAUCAGAGUGAAACUUAAUUUGUGGAACUGCAUUUGUAAUCAUCAAAUCAUAUAUAGAAUAUUUUUGUAUUUUUUC